CUACCAGAUUUUUCAAUGGAUGGAGACUACAUUAUUGGGGGUGGUUUUUCCAUUCACAACAACAUGCACACAAUGAUUUAUAACUACACCAUCGCUCCUGCACCUCCAAGAUGCACAGGGAGUAUUGAUGCCCGGGAAUUACGAUUUUCUCGUGCAAUGAUCUUUGCCAUCGAGGAGGUAAACAACAGCACUGAGCUGCUACCUGACGUUAAGCUUGGAUAUCAGAUCUUUGACUCGUGUGCUUCAGUACCUGUGGCUUCACAUGUAGCAUUUCAACUAUCAAAUGGUCAGGAUCCUGUGAUUUUCAAAGACAGCAAUUGUUCACAGUCUGGUAGGGUGAUGGCUGUUGUUGGAGAAUCUGGAUCCACACCAUCUAUCAGCGUGUCACGCAUCAUCGGGUCCUUGAACAUCCCUCAAGUAAGCCAUUAUGCCACAUGUGCCUGCCUGUCAAAUAAGCAGCAGUACCCAACAUUUUUCAGAACAAUACCCAGUGAUCAGUUCCAAGCUGAUGCUCUGGCCAAACUGGUGAAACACUUUGGCUGGACUUGGAUAGGUGCUGUUCGCUCGGACUCAGAUUAUGGAAACUAUGGCAUGGCAUCUUUUUUGGAUGCAGCACACAAAGAGGGAAUCUGUGUGGAGUACUCUGAAUCCUUUUAUCGAACCAACUCACGCAGCAAGAUCCAGAGAGUAGCUGAUGUUAUUCGUAGGUCAACAGCAAUGGUUGUUGUGGCUUUUGCGGCUCCAGGAGACAUGACAAUGUUGUUAGAGGAGCUGGCUCUGGAGCCCCCACCACCUCGUCAGUGGAUAGGGAGUGAAGCCUGGAUUACUGACCCGCAUUUGCUGAGAUUCAGUUUUUGUGCAGGGGCCAUCGGAGUUGGCAUUCAACAGUCUAUCAUUCCAGGCCUCAGAGAUUUUUUGUUGGAUCUCUCUCCCACUGAAGUUGCUGCCUCCCCAGUGCUCACAGAGUUCUGGGAGGAUGCAUUUAACUGCACAAUGACACGAAGUGUUCAUGUAGACAAGAACGUUUGUGAUGGAACUGAGGACAUAAAAAUACUCAAAAGUCCGUACACUGAAACAUCUCAGUUAAGAAUUACUAACAUGGUGUACAAGGCAGUUUAUGCAAUAGCUCAUGCCAUCCACAAUGCAGAGCUGCAAGAAAAUAAUAACACAAAUAAAAAACAUAAAGGUUUGAUUCUGGAACAGGUUUUUACUGAGCUGAAGAAAGUCAACUUUUACCAAAAUGGUUAUCCUGUGUCAUUUGAUGUUAAUGGAGAUCCAGUGGCUUUUUAUGAGCUGGUCAACUGGAAGAAGAGUGAGAGUGGAGUUACUGAGCUGGUAACAGUUGGAUACUAUGAUGCAUCACUGCCAAAAGGACAGGAGUUUCAUGUCAACAAGAACAUAAGCUGGGUGGAGGGUGGCACACAAAUACCAGUGUCAGUGUGUUCUGAGAGUUGUCCUCCAGGAACUCAUAAAGUGUUACAGAAAGGAAAACCCAUCUGCUGCUAUGAUUGUAUACCAUGUCCUGAAGGAGAGAUCAGUAAUACAACAGACUCUUUUGACUGCUUUGAAUGUCCUAUAGAGUUUUGGCCUAAUGCUGUAAGAGAUACAUGUUUCCUUAAACCUGUCGAGUUUCUUUCUUUUGAUGAAGUCCUGUCAAUCAUCCUGGCUGCAUUUUCUGUUUUGGGGGCUUGUCUGGCCAUCAUAACAGCAGUUAUUUUCUUUCAUAACAGAACAACUCCAAUUGUCAGAGCCAACAACUCUGAGCUGAGUUUCCUGCUGCUCUUCUCUCUGACUCUGUGUUUUUUAUGUUCAUUAACUUUCAUUGGAGCUCCCUCUGAGUGGUCCUGCAUGCUGCGACACACAGCUUUUGGUAUCACCUUUGUUCUCUGUAUCUCCUGUGUUCUUGGAAAAACUGUAGUGGUUUUAAUGGCCUUCAAAGCUACACUUCCGGGUUGUAAUGUCAUGAAAUGGUUUGGGCCUCCACAGCAAAGAAUGACUGUAGUGUUUUUCACAUUUAUUCAAGUUUUAAUUUGUACCGUUUGGUUGGUUCUCAGUCCUCCAUUUCCAAUGAAAGAUUUGAACACAUACAAGGAUAAAAUCAUCCUGGAAUGUGCAUUAGGCUCUGCUGUUGGUUUCUGGGCUGUGCUCGGAUACAUUGGCCUGCUGGCUGUUUUUUGCUUUGUGUUAGCUGUUCUAGCUCGAAAACUACCUGAUAAUUUCAACGAGGCAAAGUUUAUCACUUUCAGUAUGUUGAUCUUUAUUGCUGUGUGGAUCUCUUUCAUUCCAGCUUAUAUGAGCUCUCCUGGCAAAUUCUCAGUAGCUGUGGAAAUAUUUGCAAUAUUAGCUUCUAGUUUUGGUGUCUUGUUGUGUAUUUUUGUGCCAAAAUGUUACAUAAUUUUAUUGCAUCCUGAAAGAAAUAUAAAAAAAUGUGUGACUGGAAGAGUCAUUAAAUAA